UACCCUUCGUUGAAAUCAUUCCGAAAUUUCCCACUUCUCCCAUCACAACUUUCUCUCUCUAACUAUACAUAUAUAUCUAUAGAUUUUGCAACUUGGUGUGUGUGUAUAGACUUUAAAGAGAGAGAAAAAGACAUUUCUCUCCCUUCAAGUCCACAUCCUCAGGACCCCAAACUCUAAUUUCUCUUUCUUCAUUUGAUCAAAAUAGAAAGAUUUUUUGAUUGAAUCUUUUGUAAAUUCAUAUGGGCUUUUGAUUAUUCUGGUCUUCUUUAAUCUUCUUCACACACCCUUUUGUUUCUUGGUUUGACCUUCUUCUUCAGGUUGUUCAUUAUGAAGUCAACGAAUUUCGCAAAAGCGGUAGGAAGUGGAGCCCGUGGAAUGUUAUCGGGAUCUGAUGAUGUCACUCUUUUCUCAAGUUCGUUACCGGUUCUACCUCAUGAAAAAUUAAUCUUGAAUAACACCGAAAACGAUCAUCACCAGACCAAUGAUUUGCUUGAAGAUAUUGAAGAUCAUGCAAUUGGAAACUUGUUACCCGAUGAAGAUGAUCUAUUAGCCGGUGUGAUGGACGGUUUUGACGUGAAAACGUUUCCGAACCGUGCCGAUGAUACCGAAGAUUUUGAUAUUUUUGGAAGUGGUGGAGGUAUGGAACUGGAAUCGGAUAUGAUUGAUAAUGUGAAUUUUGGUAUGUCAAGGGUUAGUUUGGGUGAUGGGGCUGUAGCUAAUGGUGGGGCCCAUUACAGAAUUCCGAAUGGCAUGGGACCCGUUGCUGGGGAACAUCCGUAUGGCGAGCAUCCUUCUAGAACGUUGUUUGUUCGUAACAUUAACAGUAAUGUCGAGGAUUCAGAACUAAGAACUUUGUUUGAGCAAUAUGGUGAUAUUAGAACACUGUACACAGCAUGUAAACACAGGGGAUUCGUGAUGAUAUCUUAUUAUGAUAUUCGUGCUGCUCGCACCGCCAUGCGUGCAUUACAAAACAAGCCUCUAAGGAGAAGAAAGUUGGACAUUCACUACUCAAUUCCGAAGGAUAACCCGUCUGACAAAGACGUAAAUCAAGGAACAUUGGUUGCUUUCAAUUUGGACCCGUCGGUUUCGUGUGAAGACCUCCUUCAAAUCUUCGGAGCGUACGGGGAGGUUAAGGAGAUUCGGGAGACCCCGCACAAAAGGCACCAUAAGUUUAUUGAAUAUUAUGAUGUUAGAGCUGCGGAAGCGGCACUUAGGUCUCUCAACAGGAGUGACAUUGCCGGGAAACGUAUAAAGCUUGAACCGAGUCGUCCUGGCGGAGCCCGCCGAAACCAAAUCUUGCAACUAAGUCAAGAGUUUGACCAGGAUGACACACGAAGCUUUAGACUCCAAGUCGGUCCCUCGAUUGCCAACUCUCCUCCAGGUUUUUGGCCACAAUUCGGCAGUCCUAUGGAACACAGUCCUAUGCAAAAUCUUAGCAAAUCGCCCGUCUUUACUUCAAUGAGCCCUAGCAGUCUACCUGAAUUGGCUUCUAUUUUGCAUCCACAACCAACAAAGAUAGCACCGAUUGGCAAAGAUCACAAGUUGACUCAACUAAAUGGGUCAAUGCCCACUUUUGGUGCUUCAAGUUCAACCACUUCCAGAAUCGAAACGUUGACAGGCCCACAAUUUCUGUGGGGAAGUCCCAAUAGAUCUAGCCAUGGGUUCCCGACCACGGGUCAAUCACCAACCAUGGUUCACCCAUUUGCGGGCCAACCAGGCCCGUUUCAUGGCUCAUCGCAUCAACACCAUCAUGUGGGGUCCGCACCAUCUGGGAUCCCCUUUGACCAGCACUUUGGUCGGUAUCACGAGUCCCCCGAAACACUAUUUAUGAGUCCACCAACUUUCGGGGGCCAAAGUUUCUUAAAUUCUCGUGGGACCGUGAAAAACGUUUCCUAUUCUGGAAACUUUACGGAAAACGGUUCCCCUAAUUUCAGCAACAUGUCUCCGAGGAUGAGUCCUAUGUUUCUAGGUAACGGGCAUUAUCCGGGACUAGGGUCCAUGAAUAUAGAUAGCAUGAAUGAAAGAAGCCGAAAUCAUCAUGUUGACCAUAAUGUAAACCAGAUGGAUAACAAGAAACAGUUUCAGCUUGAUCUUGAUAAAAUCAUCAAAGCGGAAGAUACUCGAACAACUUUAAUGAUUAAAAACAUCCCUAAUAAGUAUACUUCAAAGAUGUUGCUAGCUUCCAUUGAUGAAAAUCAUAGCGGUACUUAUGAUUUUCUCUACCUCCCAAUCGAUUUCAAGAACAAAUGCAAUGUUGGGUAUGCAUUUAUCAACAUGCUUUCACCGAUGCAUAUAAUCCCGUUUUAUCAGGAUUUUAAUGGGAAAAAGUGGGAGAAAUUCAACAGUGAAAAAGUAGCUUCAUUGGCAUAUGCUAGAAUCCAAGGAAAGGCUGCACUUGUAACCCAUUUUCAAGAUUCCAGUUUAAUGAACGAAGAUAAACGCUGCCAGCCCAUUAUAUUUCAUUCUGAGGGCUCGGAGUCUGUUGAUCAGGAGCAUCUUUCGUCUGGUAGCUUGAGCCUAAAAGACUAUCCAUACUUGGGUAGCCCACCAAAUGAUGCUAAACGUUGAUGCAUGGGUGCAAAGGGUCAUGUCUUUUGAGCCAUAAAGUUGGCUUUAAACGGUACAUAACUUGUAUAUAGAACUAGAAAGCCCAGAGUAAGUGUAAACCGGGUGUGGGUUGUUUUUUGUAUUUUGAGAAGAAAAGAAAGGAUGUUUAGGUGAAUUGAAAGGGAAUCAUGAUGUGGAGUCAUGCCGACCAUGGCCGGGUCAGAGUUUUGACCCGAAGAUAUUAAGUUAUGGGGUUGAAAGAGGUGAAUGACCUUGAAACUGUAUAGGUGGAGGUUGCAGAUAUAAGAAUUAUGGUGUGACUUCCUAUUUUUCACCUCUUUUUUGUAUAGUGGCUUGUUAACUUCAAGUGAUAUGGUGGUUUAUGGGACAAUUGUAUAGUAAGACUAGGAGCUUGUGAACGAACUCUUUUGAGAACUUGGUGUAUGAUGUUAAAAGAUGUAAUACUUUGACGUUUGACUAAAUUUCUUGCUUUCUA